CUCAUUCACAGUGAAGAUGGCAGCUCUCCUGCUGCUGUGUGUGUGGAUCUCUGUGCCGUUCUGUCUUUGUGAGAAGGCUAAGGAGAGGAGCGCUCGGCAGAGAGACGCAGAGUUCACAGAGAAGUACAACUCAUGUGUGCAGGGUCCUCCUGGAAUGCAGGGCAGGGACGGUAAUCCGGGCAUUAAUGGCAUUCCGGGCACCCCAGGGAUUCCAGGCCGGGAUGGUAUGAAGGGGGAGAAGGGUGAGUGUGUGACUGAGAGGUUUGAGGAGCCGUGGAGAUCGAACUUCAAACAGUGUGCCUGGAGCUCCCUCAACUACGGCAUCGACCUCGGCAAAGUCGCGGAGUGCACCUUCACUAAGCUGCGGUCAGACAGUGCUCUGCGAGUGCUCUUCAGUGGCUCUCUCAGGCUGAAGUGUAAGGCGGCGUGCUGCCAGCGCUGGUACUUCACCUUUAACGGGGCGGAGUGCACGGGGCCUUUACCCAUAGAGUCUAUAAUCUACCUGGACCAGGGUAGCCCUGAGCUCAACUCCUCCAUCAAUAUACACAGGACAUCUACAGUGGAGGGGUUGUGUGAGGGCAUCACCGCCGGCCUGGUGGACGUGGGCAUAUGGGUGGGCACCUGUGCGGACUACCCUCGUGGCGACGCCUCCACAGGGUGGAACUCGGUGUCCAGAGUGAUCAUCGAGGAGCUUCCCAAAUGAGCCGACUGUCUUCGUCGCCAUGGCAACACCGAGGCAAACAGAAGCCAACCUGUGGAGUAUUUCGCAACGCAGGAUGUCUCAGUAAAGCGGGACGACUUUAGGCCGCAGUGAGGAUUUUUCCAGUAGGAAUGUCCCUGGAAUACUCCUAUACUCACUUUUGUCUUUAAAGGGCCCAUAUCCUACAUUUAUCUAUGUUGUAUGUUUGUGUAACAAAAAAAAAAAGUCAUGUUUACAGCGUCGUCUUUCAACCCCUCUGUAUCCUGGGUUGUUUUUUUACUUGCUGCGCCUUUAACACUUGUACAUGUAAAUGAGCCCUGUUAUGAUUGGCUGUGCCUCAUUCAGAAGGCAGUCUUAUAACAAACACUACUUAUAACUUCGGUGUGAUGGGUGGAGCCAUGUACUGUUUUUUAUGACAUCACAGACUGUGCCAUGUAUGGACUGUAUGGACUGUGGAGUGAUUGGUAUGUUUUAAAAUAAAAUUAUAUCGAGUUACAUUUUCCAUGAUAUGGGCCUUUUAAAGGGAUACUCCAGCAUUAUUUCAACCUAAUCUCUAUAAGCCAUAUCUGUACUGUAGCCUCAGUCGCUACGCACAACUAUUUUGAUGCUGAAUCCUGAAAGUCAAUGUUUAUGAAAACAUCAGUCCAGAUUUGUGAACUGAGCUUUAAAACCGUUGUUUUAGACAUGGGAUUUCCAGAAGGAAGGAUUUAUGGCGAUUUGUCACCAGAGUAGUGAUGCUUGAUUGCCGUAGAUUCCAGAACACCUUGAAGGAAAGCUAAGAUAACCACAACCAACCAGAGCUGGUUUAUGGUGAGCCUGGCUGCAUGCUGUUUCUCCCGUUAUAUCAAUACAUGGCACCAGAGGGCGCCCACGAGCGAGUCCUCGGUGAAUUGGGCUAAACGUUAAAUCUUAAAAUGUGCUGCGCUGGGUCGGUAUGACCAACAGGUCAAAACCAGCUCUAAACAAAGUGACCGCUGGGCCCUGAUUGAUGCUCUGGCUUUGCGCUUCUUUCGUUUUGACAUGUUACGUUUUUAU